GGCAUACAUAUAUCAAGUCGCUCCACCCGUUUCCAUCCACCCAGCCUUAUCAUCAUCACCCCCUACUACCAGACACCACCAUGGGUGUCUCCCGCCUGCUCGUACCAUCCCUACUAUGGGUAGCGAGCGCCAGCGCCAGCGCCGCCACCACCACCACCACCACUACUGCCGAAUUCUCCCCGAAUGCAAACCACAUCUUCAACUCGAUCCACUCGUCGAUGCGCCAAUGGGGCUCCUCGCUGCAGCACAACGGCAUGUCCUUCUUCCUGGCGACCGUCCCCGCCGGCACGCAGUUCUACCACGGGAACGCCAACCCCGCGCCAGUGAACGGCACGGAAUGGCUAGCCUUUGAGCCCGAGCAUGCGCUGGUCUUUGCCCGGCCGGGCCCGUUCAAGAGUCCGCCGCCUCCCCACGACGACGACAACGACAACGACAACGGGCAAAAGGGCGAUCUGCGGAAAGAGAAGCGGGCAGAGGUUGAGCAGCAACAAGAAUCCGAAGGCGGUUGGCUGCACACCUACACCGCCGCCAAGGACCUGCGGCUGCUGUACGCGGACGGCAUGGCCGCCGGGAAGACUGCCAACGGGACGCUCGACGGCGAGGACCGGAUCCUGUUCCAGGAUAACCUGCCCAGCGACGGGGCGAUGCACGGCGAGCGCGCGCGCGCGGUGGAGUUCUGCCGCAUGGCUCGCGAGGACUUCCACGGUCGCCUGGACGGGUUCCUGCGCAUGGAGGCCGGGUUCGAGAUCAUCCUCUGUGACUUCGCGCGGGAUCUGAAGGAGGUGCGUGUCACGCAGGUCAAGUCGGAUAAGGGGUCUUCGGGGGGUCCGGGGGGUCCAGGUAAAGGGAAGGGCAACGGCAAGGGGAAAGGAAAAGGGGGCCCCGGGGGAGGCGCGGAUUGGAUGAAGGCGAUCACGGCGCGGUACGGCGGCAUCGGCGGCCACCGCGUCGCGCUGAACUACGAGACGUUCGUGUCGGCCUACACGUACGGGCUGGAUCUGUUCCACUCGACGAACGAGACCUUCCAGAAUCCCCGUCUGAUGCACCUCUCCGCGCAGCAGCUGCAGCCCCUCCGCGACGACCUGCACCGCCUCGUCCUGGACCACACCGCCGCCGAGAACCUGUACGACUGGCAGGCCAUCGCCGACAUGGUCGUGGAGCGCUACGCGCGCGAGAUCCGCUACCUCGCGUCCGGGGACGUGGCCACCGUGGCGGACCUGCACGCGGAGAUCGAGACCAUGCUGGUCCCGUUCAUCGACUACGCGGACCGCGACCCCGACGCGGAGCGCGAACGCUGCGCGCACCAGUUCCUCCCCGCCGAGGUCGCCGUCGACGGCGUCGCGGCCACCGCCAUCCACUCCGUCGCCCGCAGUAUCUGUGCGACCAUGCUGGCCGCCUGGCAGGAGCCCGACUACCAGACCGCGGUGGACCACUUCCGCGAGCUGAUGAACUACUUGGCCUGGACGACGUGGAAGCAGUGCAGCGGCUGCGGCGACCACGAGGUCUGCGUUGUCCCCAUCUGGCCCAUGGGCACCCUCGAGGACUACGAGCACCCGCAGUGCCGCGACUUCUCGAACCCCAUGAGUCCCGGCCAGAGCUACUGGGGCGACCGCCGCGGGCCCCGGCCGCAUGAGCCGGAGGAUGAGGACGGCCCGGCAUCGGGCUGGUUGGUGCGAUUUGUGCGGUAUGUGCUUGAGAUCUUUCUGCGCAUGCAUAUCUGAGGAGGCAGUGUCGGAUCUUGGCUAGGCCUUUUCCAUUGGCUUUUCUUCUCUUUCUUUAACAUUCCCUUAUAAACUACUACCCCACAACCUGUCCCAGUUUUUCGUAUGUGAGAUUCUUUCUCGGUUAAUGAUUAUCUGAUCUUCAUACUCCCGUUCCCCCUCGCUUAGUAAACCUUGUGAGGCUUGGUAUCAGAACGCUGCCCACUCUGUCGAGAGACUUGAGGCUCAUCUGGCAAAGAAAGUGCACGAUAAGUGCGAGGGACGAGCUGCAUCCUGCAUUGCGCCUACAUUCUCUUCUCCCAAACAGAAACCGCUAGACAGUGUUCGAUGCUUAACCAUGUCAUUUGAAUGAGCUCAUACAUG